CGCCCCCUGGAUUAAGGUGGAUAUUUGAGCAUUUCAGGGCAUGAAAAGGCAUGGCUGAACACACAAAUUCGCAGGAGACGGAAAACAACAGCUGGGUGAUCACAGGACCAGAGGCUGCCCCUGUGGAAGAUCUUGGUUGCGAAGCUUCAGAAGAAACCCAGUUGGAAGCUUCUCCGCCCGAGACUGAGCUUUUCGUGGACAGUCCAGAUCUGGAAGAAGAGAAAUCAGAGAGUCCCGAGGCAGAAGACAACCUCAUUUCCAGAGAUUCUUCCAGCCAAGAAUCUUCUACUCUCUUAUUGCUGGACGAAAAGAAAACGGACAGCCCUCGUGCGGAGGAAGAAUUUUUCCCCCUCUCACAAUCCACCCCAACAGGUCCCCCCGAGGAUGAACCGAAGGCUUCCAGCGUCGGGGAAGAAGCAGCGUCCCCCGAGGCCGACGUGGAGGGUCUGCGUCGACGGAAAGGCCGCGUCGAGAUCCAGCAGGUGGGGCCGGAGCUGCCCCACGAUCGAGUGAUGGGAGUUCCUGAGGACGAGGACGAUGGUCUUUCCAGGAUGAAGUGGCUGCUGGCCGUUUUAGCCGUUGUGGGUUUUGGAAUUCUGGCUACGUUGGGGGUCUUUCUUGAGGCCGAGGACGGAGGUCUGGAUAUGCUGAACCUGGGGCUGAGUUCUGACGGAGAAGGGCCGCAUCCUGCCAACAGUGGACAGGACUGGUCACCCUCCCUGGAUUCUGCGAACGACGCUCAACUCCGCGUAGGCAAGGAAGCUCUUUCUGAGGAUCCAAAGAGCUUGGAUGCCAUGGGAAUCUUGCUGGAUAAAUUAGCCAAGGAAAAUCAGGAUAUCCGACUGAUGCAGGCUGAACUUCAGGCCCAGAAAGAAGAGCUGGAGAUUUUGCUACAGAAGUCCGAAGUGAAAACUUUGGCUGUCGAUUCCGUGCAACAAAAUUUGGCUGCGGAAAACACGCGUUUGGCAGAAGCCUUGAAGCGGGAGACGGCGGCCCUCUCGGCCGCCCGGAGCGACAUCCACCUUCUCCGGGAGAAGGUCCGUAGGCCGGAGCCGUCGGGCGAUGCCAAAUCCCGCCGGCAUCCCGGGGAGGACACCGUCUCCCAUCACCCUCCUGGCAAACUCGAGCGUCAGGAGAAGGAACUCCAUCGCCUGCGUUCCUUGCUGGCUUCCUUCCGGCAGGAUUUGGGAAGGCUGGUUGAAAAAACUCCUCUGGAGGAACUUAAAGACCUGGAGCAGAGGCUGGGCAAGGAGCUAGACCUCAGUGAGGCCGAGAAAGAACCGCAGGUUCCGUGGAAAGCCAGGCAGGGAAAAGCGAAAUCUUGGCAGAAGAAAUACCAGGGGGAGGAGAAAUUUCGGCACCAGGACAGGGACCCCAAAGUGGCCAGCGAGAAAGAGCCGCAUCACCCCAAGAGACACCAAACGAAGCCCCCCAGGAGUGGAGACCACCAGCGGGGACCCCGGAAAGCCAGAAAGCCGAUGGAACCCCAGGAAUUGUGGGAGAGGCUGGCCAAGCAUCCUUAUUCUACCCCGCAGGGAUGUUCUGGGGUCGCCGAAUGUGCCCAGCGAGAGGGCCUGGCCCCCGUUCAGAAGAACGCCUUCCUGAAGCUGGUGCAGAAUUAUCUGGCCGGGCUGGGCUGGGGGCAAUAUGCUGGCGAGUUGGUCCCGGUGCUAGAGGGUCAUUUCGGCAGCGAGGGGGUCUUCGCCCACGAACGCGUCAGCUUUGUGGACUUUCUGGAUAAAAUCGAAGAUGCCCUGGAAGAGCUGGCCCGGUCUCUGGGGGUGAGCGAAGACGGGGUGGACGAUUUUGAAGACGUGAUCCUGAAGCAGCUUGGGGCGGCCCCCGGGCGCAGAUCAACUCAUGGACACGGCGCCAAAGAGCGGAGCCCUCAUAAGACCCGGGCGUACGGCUAGCCCUCCUUCGGCCAUCUGGACUUUGGUGGAAGUCUCCAGGGAAGAACCUUCUUAAUUUCCUUGCCACUUUUCUUUUGUGGGGGGGGCUACCCCCUCCCCUCUUUGAUCUUUAUAUCCCGUCUUAUAUGUCCCGAGUGACGUCCAGUGAAAGUUAGUAGCUGAUGCCUCCGAGAUCUCCUUCCCACAGUCCGCGUUUUGGGGUGAAUUGCAGACAGUCCUCGAC